AUGAUUAAUUUAAAGAUUUUAUUAUUAUUUCUAAAAAGUUAUUUUCUAUUAUUAACUUUCAAAUGUACAAAUAAAUGCUUGCUUAGAAACAUUUUUUUAUAUGACAAUUUAUCAACUAAUAUUGAUUCAAAAUAA